UACCAAACAAAGCAUUCAGUUUCGUUUCUUCCCCUUGUCGCCGGCGUGAGGGAGAGGGAGACAGAGAAAGGCCAGUCUCGAUGGCGGAUCCCUACUACUCCUACGCCGCUGACGGAGCAAGCAUUGUGAGGACCAGCUUUGCUGGUUAUAUUCCAUCUGAGCCAUCAAAUUCCACUGAAUUGAGGGGUAUUGGAUCAGAUUACCUGCAGAGAGAUAUAGGCUUGUUUUACAGUGUUGAUGAUACCUUGGGCUCCAGAGUUCAUUCUGAGCCUGUUAAGAGUUAUUCACCUCUUGAAGAACCUGAUCCGAGUAAAAAUCGAGAUGCACCGUUGAGCAUUAAUCAUGGUGUUCCUGAUAUAAACAGUGAAAGAACAAACUCUAAAAGCAGUUAUGAUGGUCUCCCAAUUUCGGCUGCAGACUCUAACAUUCUGUUUGUGGGUGGACUUCCAAAUGACUGCACUAGAAGGGAAGUGGGGCAUCUUUUCCGUCCCUUUAUUGGCUAUAAGGAUAUCAGAGUUGUUCACAAGGAGCCUAGACGUAGUGGAGACAAGGCUAUGACUUUGUGUUUUGUGGAGUUUGUUGACUCCAAAUGUGCUCUCACUGCCAUGGAAGCCCUGCAGGGCUACAAGUUUGAUGAUAAAAAACCUGACUCACCAACCUUAAAAGUACAGUUUGCACACUUCCCUUUCCGUCUGCCAUCUGAUCAUUGCAACAGCUUAUCAGCAUGACACGCAGACUGGAAAUUCAUUUCUUUGGGCGACAAUGGUUUUGAUGGUGCUGAGAUGAGCUCUAUCAGAUAGAGAUAUUCACAUUUAGAUUUCAAAUUUUAGGUUAUGCAUGGUUGUUGAUAUAGGAUAUGGAUGCAAGAAUGCUGGCAACAAGCCAAAUUUUUAAUCUAAAAUGUUGAUUAUUGUCAUUGGUUAGAAUUUUCAUUAUUAUAUUUUGGCCCCUAUCAGUAAAGCCUCUCCAACCAACUGUGUAAAGGCUGUGGCUUUGUACAUUUUAGUUUUAAUCUAUCUGACAACGGUGGGAGUUUCAUCCUUCUUGUAUUUGGCCACCCUUUUUAACCUUUUAUGCUCAAGCAAGGAGUUGUAACAACAGUCAGGAGUUGGUUCAGCGUGUAUUUGGGCAUCACUUUGUGUGCAUUAUAUCAACAAAUCAUGAUAUGUUAUAUAUGCAUUUUAUUUA